GCAGGCUGCCGGCGAGAUGCGGCUGAGCUGAGGCGGCUCUGGAAUGGAGAUGAUUUGCGAUGAUGAGAUCUUGCUUCACUCUGAGCAUGAAUUUCACAUUGCAGCCAAGACAAACGACAUCGAGAUGAUGCUAGAGCUGAUCAAGAAAGGGGUGAAUGUCAGAGCAAAGAACAGUGUAGACAGGACAGCCCUGCACUGGGCAGCAGGUGCUGGACAUGCGCAAGCGGUCAAGCUGCUGUUGGACUAUGAUGUCCCUAUGGACGAGGAAGACUGUUUUGGAAUGAAUGCUUUACUGCUUGGUGUAUGGUUUGGACAUCUUAAGGUUCUUCAAGUCCUUGUCAAUGCUGGAGCCAAAAUCAGCUGUGAAAACAAGAAUGGGAUGAACCUGCUCCACUGUGCAGCACAAAGAGGUCACAUUGAAGUCAUGCAGUUUAUUAUGGAGGAUCUGGAGGACAUCAAGCUAGAUAAGACAGAUAAGCUCGGGAGGACUGCAUUUCACCUGGCAGCUGAACAUGGAAAGUUAAAGGUGGUGGAAUUCUUGAUAGGAUCCGGCUGCCAGCAUAGCCUAAAGGACAAGGAGGACAACACAGCUCUGCACCUAGCAGCAAAGAAUGGCCAUACAAAAGUUUUACAGACAAUAGUUGAGAUCAGAGUGGCACUCAGUGAAAAAAACCAGGAAGGACUGACCGCCUUACAUCUUGCUACAGAAGGUCGCCAUUCUGAUUGUGUCAGAAUUCUCUUGGAAGCCGGAUGUGACGUCAAUGUGCAAACAGAGAAGGGAAUGAACGCUCUGCAUUAUGCCGCCUUCCACGGGCUCGAAGACAUUGCCAGUAUGCUCAUCGAUGCAGGAAUUGACAUUAAUGCAGUGAACCAUCAAAAGUCAACUGCCCUGCAUAUAUCUGUCCUGCAGAACUUUCCAUCCAUAUCAAAGCUUUUCAUUGACUGCGACUGUGACCUGGACAUUACAGAUUAUAGACUGCAGACUCCGCUCCAUAUCGCAGCAGAACAUGGGAGGCAGGACAUGGCAGAAAUGAUCCUCAUUGAAGGGGUGAAUCUGAAGUUACAAGACAAGCAAGGGAAGACAUCACUUGAUGUGGCUGCUCGCGGGAAUCACAUCAACUUGGCAGACAUGAUCAUUAAGGCAGAUCGAUUUUACAAGUGGGAUAAGGACAAUUUGAACAGUGAUUCAGACUCCUGGGGGGCCAGACACUUGACUUUCAGACAGGACCAUCGCCUGGAGACGCAGCAUAUCCGCUCUGUUAUUUGGAGGCUUGCGACAAAAUACUUGAAACCCAAUGAGUGGAAGAAGCUGGCCCAAUACUGGAAAUUCACAGAUGCCCACAUCCUGGCUAUAGAGCAGCAGUGGACAGGGAGCAAAAGCUACAGGGACCAUGGACACAGGAUGCUGCUGAUCUGGUUGCAUGGGGUGGUGAUAGCUGGAGAUAACCCAGUGAAAGGAUUGUAUGAAGGCCUUGUUGGCAUUGGGAGGAGAGAUCUAGCAGAGAGUAUCCGAAAAAAAGCAAAUGCUGACGAUCCUUCACCAAAGACUUGUGCGGUCAUGUAACCAUCGGACGGGAAUGACUCCACCACCGGUGUCGCAGGCCGACCACUACAGACUACACUGCAGUUUGGUCUACACCACUAUUACAUCAAGGGCUGAUUCUAAAUCCAAAUACAAUUCCUGCUGUGCCAUUCAGAAAUCCAAACUCCUCUUUCAGGUGUACCUACGGGUAGCGAGUGCCAGCUCUGCUCAGUAUCGGGCACCGCUCUGUAUAGUGACAACGCUGCAGGCCAUUUUCAUAGCACAUCACUGGUGCAAUAUGGGGGCCGACGUGAAUGCCCUCGCCAAGCUCAGAUUUUGUAGUUACAUUUUGUAUGCAUAGGGCGAAUGAAUAUUUUUUUUUUUUACUUAAAGCACAUUCGUAUGAAUGAGUCCAGUAGACUGAUUUUCUAUGUGCCUAAAAGGCAAGUGUAAAAUCAUGGGCAGGUCAACUGCAUCCUAUUUGUGUACAUUUCUGGUAUAUUUAAGGGUCUUUGUAAUAACUGUUCUUUAUAACCUUUUUUUAGAGAAUCUUAAAACUAAAUCAUUUUAUAGGAGGCAUUAAAGCAUUUUAGUAUUGUCAGAGGACCUGAUGAAGAACAAUCGGAAACCUUUCAAACCUUUACCUUCUAAGAGGUAGAGAUAUAUGUAACAUCAUAUAUUAUAUUGGGUUGAUAGCACUGAAUGGAGGUGGAAAAUGUACAAGGGUAUUAAUUUAUGUUUUCUUCAUUUGCGCUCAUUCCAGUAAUGUUAAAGUGAAUCUCCGUCUUUUAUCACCAUUGUAAUUUUAAUUGCAUUAAGGGACCUGUCAUGUUUUCAAAAAGUUCCAUUUAUAGCCACCACGCCACUGAUUCUUGGCCUUUUUUUUUUUUAGCCCAACCAAUAGAGUAGACCGCCACAGUUUUCAUCAGUCCCAUAGAAAUAAUGGAGCAGUGGUCACACAUGCACAGUACAGAGGGGACUCGGGGAUCUCUUUUCUUGUGAUGACUGGGGGUCUGCCUGGUAAGAUGCCCAGCGAUCAGACAGUUAUUCCCUAUCCUGUGGAUAGGGAGUAAAAAAUAAAUAAAAAAAAACUUUGAAGGUAUUGCAUAUUGCUUUUUAGGCCACAUUUUAAUAAACAUAUUAUGGCCACAAGACCCAGUUUUAUUGAAAUAACAGUCCUUGAGGAAGUCGGUGUUUCUCAACCCGCAGCACACGAGGGGGUACGUGAAAAUGCCGUGGCAGCCAGCAGUGUAUCAUUGCUGGUUGCUAGGGCCUCUCGAUAUUCAGCUUUAUCACCGUCUUUAGAAUGGUGGUACAGUUGAAUGCUAUGACGGGACACUGAUGUCUCCCUGGCCCGCCGCUCACUCUCAUAGGCUACAGGCAAUGGGACAUAAGCCGAUCAGAGACGGGACAUCUUCACCAUUGUGCCGCCUGAACUGGGCUGCAAGCAGAUCAGGACACAGGCCUAUCGCAGACAGCAGCAUGGAGGGUAAGCAUUUAUUUUUGAGGUUUUCUUCUGCAACAUGAGGUUGGGUCACUAUAGGAGGGGGAGGUCAUUAUUAUAACUUGGGGGGGGGGGGGGGGGGGGGUACUAUAAGGAGGCAUUGUUAUCUACUACUAGGCACUGUAAGGGGUAAUUGGCACUACUGUAACCACUAUAAGGGGACUUUUUUUUUUUCUACUGGCUCCCAUAAGGGGCAUUAGUACUGCUGGAGGUGGACUAUAAGGGGGGAUUUUUUUUUUUCCCUACUGCCAGCACUAUAAGGGGGCAUUAGUACUAAGGGAACUAUAAAGGGGGCUUUUUUCUACUGGCAAAUAAUAUGGGUGCUUUAUUACAACUAGGGGCACUAUAGGCAGGCAUUAUUCCUUUUGGGGCAUACUGUGGUGGGUGUCAUUACUACUGCAUUGCAUUACUACUACUGGGGCACUCUAAAGGGCAUAUUUAUUACUACUGGGUAUUAUGGUUGGCUUUAUUACUACCGGAGCACUAUAGGGGGCAUUAUGGUGGGCUUUUUUUUUUUUUUUUCCUACUGGUGCACUGUGGGGAAAAUAAUUACUGGUAUGGGUAUUAUUAUUAUUAAUGCAGCACAAGGGAGGACAUUUACUAUUGAGGCGCUAUUACUACUAAGGGCACUCUGGGAGAGAAUUAUUACUGUUAGUUUGACUUUCAGGAGAACUAUUUUCUGUGUGUAGUUAUUUUGGAGGCCACCGUGUGGCAAUAAUUCUUGAAGGAGGCACGGUCUGUGUGGUACUAAUGUUUUCAGGGAGACUGUUAGGGGUGGCAGGAUGAUGCAAAAGUAGGAAUCUAAGAUGGUCUGGUCCAAAUGGAGAAGAUGAGGAAAAAGAACAUCUACAGCAGAGGCGACAUUGUGGGAUUGCGUUCUCCUGUAGGUUUGGUAGUGCUGAAUGUAACUUAAAUAGUAAUAGUUAUCCAUCAUGGGUCCAUUAAUUUGGUGUCUGUCGUUUUGACAGAAAGAUUAGAGAAUGAAUGCUAUUCUUUCUGUCAAAUCUGAAGGAACUGCUGAGCGAGACUUAGAACAGGGCUUAAAACCGCGGAAUGAGAAUAGUCUUAUUUGGUUAAUAUUGAUCACCGUUUGCUUCCUUGGGGCAACUUGGCUUAAACUUCCUGUGACUAGGGGGUACUUGGCAUGAAAAAGUUGAGAACCACUGCUCUAAGUUCUGUGCAUUAGAUCCAUGGGUGCCUGAGUCUAGUGGGUCAUAUGAAUGUCCGGGUACGGCCACACGUUCAAGUUUCUUGACGCAGUUUUGGAAGCCAAAAUUAGGAGUGGAUCAUAAAAGGAGGGAAAGUAUUAAGGACAGAUACAACUUCUCCACUGAAUUCACUCCAUGAAACCUGAACUUGUGACUGUACCCUAAUAGAUGCUUCCCAUUAGUUAAAUAUUAAAAACCACACUCAUGUACGGUAUCUGUGUAAAUAUUUAAAAGGGUUUUCUGGGAUUUUAGAAAUUGAUGACCUAUCCUCAGGAUAGGUCAUCAGUAUCAGAUUGGCGUGGGUCCG